AUGGAAUCGAGGAUUUUGGGUGUUGGAUAUCAAUUUGAUCCUCUUUGCUCUGCUCUGUGUGAUUUUGAAUUGGAUUUUGAUUUGCUUAUUGAAUCAAAGGUGCAAAUUGGGACUCAUACAUUCACCUACGAUUAUGUGUAUGGUAGCACAGCACUGCCUUCUAGCUCAGUGUAUGACGAUUGUGUUGCUCCACUGGUGGAUGCACUCUUCCAUGGAUACAAUGCUACUGUGCUUGCUUGCGGCCAGACGGGUUCGGGGAAGACGUAUACAAUGGGCACUAACUAUUCUGGGGAAGGAAGCACUGGCGGAAUCAUACCGAAAGUGAUGGAAACUAUUUUCAAAAGAGUGGAGAACACAGAGUUCUUGAUCAGGGUAUCGUUUAUUGAGAUAUUCAAGGAGGAAGUGUUUGACUUGCUUGAUCCAAAUUUCAACUCUCUCUCUAAAAAUGAAGGGGCAGCUACUACAAAGCCUAUAGCAAGAGUGCCUAUCCAAAUUAGAGAAACAGUGAGUGGAGGGAUAACACUUGCUGGUGUGACUGAGCCAGAGGUUAGGACGAAGGAAGAUAUGGGAUCAUAUCUGGCUCGAGGUUCUUUAGCUCGUGCUACAGGCAGCACAAACAUGAACAGUCAGUCAAGUCGCUCAAAUGCUAUAUUUACAAUAACCAUGGAGCAAAAGAAGAUUUCUCACUCUCUGAAUGGAGCAAAUAAUGAUGAUAUCGGUGAUGACAUACUAUGCGCAAAACUCCAUUUAGUUGACCUAGCAGGUUCUGAGCGGGCAAAACGAACAGGUGCAGAUGGCAUGCCCUUGAAAGAAGGCAUUCAUAUCAACAAGGGUUUACUUGCUCUCGGAAAUGUGAUUAGUGCCCUGGGAGAUGAGAAAAAGAGGAAAGAAGGCGGACAUGUUCCCUACCGUGAUAGCAAGUUAACUCGCUUGUUACAGGAUUCACUAGGAGGAAACAGUAAGACUGUGAUGAUUGCUUGUGUUAGUCCAGCUGACACAAAUGCAGAAGAGACCUUGAAUACUUUAAAAUAUGCUAACCGUGCUCGCAACAUCCAGAACAAGGCAGUGAUCAAUCGUGAUCCGGUAGCUGCUCAGUUACAAUUGAUGCGCAGCCAGAUUGAGCACUUGAAGACUGAACUUCUAUUUUACCGUGGUGAUGCUAGUGCACCAUUUGAAGAACUGCAGAUUCUUAAACACAAAGUGUCAUUACUCGAAGCAAGCAACAUGGAGCUGAGGCAGGAGCUUCAGGGACACCGAUCACAAAGCAGGAGACUUGUUGACUGUGUAGAGGCGGAUGGUGAUGGCUUUCACUCAAACAACAUAUUAUUCCCCUGUAAUGAUGAAUAUUCAUCUGAUUACGAUACCAAAGCUGGGGAUGUUUCUGAUGUGAUAGAUGUAGAAAAAGAGCAAGAACAUUCUUCUCUUCAAGAAAAACUGGAUCGGGAGCUGAAAGAAUUGGACAAAGCUCUCGAGCAAAAGGAGGCUGAAAUGAAGCGGUUUACAAGUUCUGAUACCUCGGUUCUUAAGCUGUAUGAGAAGAAGGUUCAUGAGUUAGAACAUGAGAAGAAAGCCCUUCAGAGAGAGAUUGAAGAGUUGAGACAAAAUCUUUCAAAUAUCUCAUCUGCUUCUGGGGAUGGUGCUCAAAAGUUAAAGGAGGAUUAUCUACACAAGUUGAACCUUCUUGAAGGACAGGUUUCUGAGCUGAAAAAGAAACAGGAUGCUCAAGCCCAAUUGUUGAGACAAAAACAAAAAAGCGAUGAGGCUGCAAGGAGACUACAGGAUGAAAUUCAGAGAAUAAAGACUCAAAAGGUUCAAUUGCAACACAAGAUCAAACAGGAGUCUGAGCAGUUUAGAUUAUGGAAAGCAUCACGAGAAAAAGAAGUUCUUCAGCUUAAGAAAGAGGGAAGGAGGAACGAGUAUGAGAUGCAUAAGCUGUUAGCUUUAAACCAGAGGCAAAAAAUGGUUUUGCAACGAAAGACAGAAGAAGCUAAUACGGCCACAAAAAAGUUAAAGGAGCUUUUAGAAUCCAGAAAGACUUCUUCACGUGAAACUUCUGGUCAUAAUGCUCAUGGUAUUCAGGCUCUGAUGCAGGCAAUCGAACUUGAGCUUGAAGUCACAGUUAAGACUCAUGAAGUAAGAUCUGAGUAUGAGCGGCAAAUUGAAGAGCGUGCUAUGAUGGCCAAGGAAAGAACCAAGCUAAUAGAAGAACAACGUAAUUUAAGUGAUUCCUCAGAAAUAAUGUCUCCUGGUGCCAGAAAUUCAAGGAUUUUUGCACUUGAAAACAUGGUUGCUACUUCUUCUAGCACCAUGGUAUCUAUGGCAUCACAAUUGUCAGAAGCAGAAGAGCGCGAGCGGGGUUUCAAUGGCAGGGGGCGUUGGAAUCAAGUUCGGUCUCUUACAGAUGCCAAAAUUUUGAUGAAUCAUCUGUUCAACUUAGCUUCUUCCUCCAGGUGCCUGCUACGAGAUAAAGAAGUUGCAUACAGAGAGAAGGAUUUGGAAAUAAGAGAUUUGAAGGAAAAAGUAGUAAGCCUCAGUAGUUCGCUCAGGAAGUUGGAGAAUAAGAAUGCUGAAUUUAUGCAUCAGGUGAAGUCUACAGCUAUAUUGAAUACAACUUUGAGUAGAAAGGAGCACUACCAAACAUAAUUCAUUUAUGAUACCCACUAAAAUACUCAUCUUGGUCUUUUUCUUUGCGAAAAACUACAAGCUUGAAAGCAUAACAAAGCUUUCAAUCAGCUGUGCAUAAUUUAUACCAAGGGAAAAUAUAAACCAAAACCUGAGGGGCAAAACCAAAACCACAAUACACGAAAGCUAAUAUCGUUUCCCAAGAAUGAUGCCAAGGACGACAGACACCAGAGCCACUCCGAAUAAUCAUUGGGGAAGCAUCAGCAGUGUGAGUAAGGCUCUCUGAUGAGGAUGAGGUUCGAGCAGAAGUUGUUGCUUCAGACUUUUUCUUACUCUUCCUUUUCGAUGGAGUUGAAAUGGUUGAUCCAAUGUCCCGGGAUUUCACUUCCAAUCUUGAGACAUCACCCUGCAACAAGAUUCAAAUAUAAGUACUGUACCUUUACAACUUCUUUUGGUCAGGGAGUUUAUUUGAUGCCUAUACCCCUUGCC